GUUGCUGUAGUAACCCGGCUGCUACCAAACAUUACCGUUAGCUAACUGUCACAACUACCGUGUCUGGUGGUUUCUGGUGGUUUCUGGUGGAGAAUGGCUUUUGUUUCACAGAGUCAGAGCGACCCAAACGGCAGUUACACCUUCUCGAGCCGGCCCCGACCUGUGGAGACCCGGUCCAAAUACCGGGAACCUCCGUCUGAACAGACACACAGUAAUUAUGGAAACAUUAUGUAUGACCGUCGUGUUGUCAGAGGAAACACUUACGCUCAACACAUCAUACCAACAACGGCUCAGCCAGACCCUGUUGAAAUACAAAGGCAACAGGAGACCAGGAGGAGAGCCAUUGCUCGAAAGCGAGCCAGGGAGCAGUUCAAACCCAUGACUCCUGAGGCCCUGCAGGGCAGAAAACACAUUGAUGUCCAAACAGAGCUUUAUCUUGAAGAACUGAGUAAUGUUAUCGUGGCUACAGAUAUCGACUGCCAGACUGAUGCUUUCUUGGACAAACCAGCGACCCCGCUCUUUAUACCUGCCAAAUCUGGCAAAGAUGUUGAAACCCAGAUAGAGGAGGGAGAGUUGUUUGACUUUGACAGCGAGGUGCAGCCAGUGUUGGAGGUCCUGGUGGGUAAGACAAUAGAGCAGUCUCUGGAGGAGGUGAUGGAGGAGGAGGAGCUGGCCUGUCUGAGGGCUCAGCAGAGGGCCUUCGAAGAGCUCCGAAAUAACGAGCUGGCAGAGGUGCGGCGGCUUCAGGAGCAGGAGAGACGCCACAGCGAGGAGAAAGAGCGUAGAAUUGCCCAGCAGAAGGAGGUGCUGAGGAAAGAAAGAGAGACUGCAGAGAAGAUUGCUGCCCGGGCGUACACUCAGCAGCACUUGGCUGACCUCCUCCCAGCGGUCUUUACCUCACUGAGAAGCCACGGCUACUUUUACGACCCUGUGGAGAAAGAUAUUGAGACUAAUUUCUUCCCAUGGCUGAUGACUGAGGUUAACAACAGUUUGGAUAAGAGAUACACAGCGAGAGAGCUGCUGGACACUAUCAUCCACGAUGUGGUCCAGAAGAGACUGGAGGGGUUCAAAGAGCUGCAGCCAGCUACACCGGACACAUAGAGAGACUGAGUGAUAAUGGUUCACUGAGAAAAGUCAAGGUCAUGAAUGUACUCUCUAAAAUAAAGUGAUUAUUUCCCCCUGAUCAAA